CGGACGUUUGGUCUGCGUCGUCGCGCUAGUUUACACAAAAGGUGAAGAAAAAAUGUGAAAAAAAUUUGCAAAGAAGAAAAAAUUCACAAAAUGUUUUCAGAAAAUAUAAUAAAAGUCUUUAAGCAAAUAUAAUUUCCAGCUGCGCAUUGCUACAGUGGUUACAUUUGCAGUUGAAAAUUACAUUUGGUGUCCGCAAGCAAACUAAAACCAAACAAUCAAUAACCAUUAAUAUCAACGAAAGGUUUCAUUCCACAGCCGAAGGUGCUCCCGCAUACACACGAAUCCAGAAACUUCCACGCGCGGGAGCAAAAUCGACCGCAAAGACGUUGUGGUGUGAGCGGUGGCUGCGGUUGCUCCGCAUACGGAGUUGAAGCCACAGAAAAACACCACAAAAACCACACACACGCACACACGUGUCCGACGAUCCGACCGUUAAGCGUCAACCAUGAACGUGAUGCGUAAAUUACGUGGCAAUAACAGUGCCGCGGGUGGCUUACCCACAGCCGGUGCGGCAGGUGCCACCGCUAAUGGCAAUAUAACGGGCAGCAGCAACGCAGGCGGUGCACGUGUCGGCGAUGAGAUAACCGCCGCCACAGAUGCACGCAUACAAAUCAGUUUACACACACUAAAGCAGCUCUUCAACGAGUACACACAUCCGAAGGAGGCGCUCAGCGAGCACGAACGGGACAUGAAGCUGUAUCAGAUGCUGCCGUUAUUUUGCAAGGUCUUCAGCACAUGCCCGGCCGCGGAUAUGAGCGAAAAGUUCUGGGAUGUGGUGGCCUUUUGUCAGCAAGUUUCACGUCUGAUGGUCAGCGAGAUACGGAAACGUGCCUCCAAUCAGAGCACUGAGGCGGCGUCAAUAGCGAUUGUUAAGUUUUUGGAAAUCGAAACGACGGAGGAGACGAGCAGCGGCUGGAUGUUGCUGUCCACAUUGAAUUUGUUGGCCAACGGCGAUGUGUCGUUGAUACAGGUGAUGACAGCAGCCGCCGUGCCGUCUACGCUCGUCAAAUGUCUGUAUUUGUUCUUCGAUCUGCCCGUUGUGGAGGACGAUCCGCCGCCGGGCAUUGGCGAGUCGGCGAGCGACUUUAAUGCCUUCGAGCGUCGCACGCUGCUGCAAAAGGUCUUUGUACAGCUGCUGGUUAAGCUCUGCUCGUAUCCGUAUCCGGCCGAGGAGUUGGCGCGCAUGGACGAUCUGACGCUGCUCUUCUCGGCCAUCACGUCGCCGUGUCCGACGCAUAAUAUUGUUUGGCGUAAAAACGCAGCGGAAAUAUUGACGACCAUCUCGCGACAUGGCCUAACCGAUGCCGUUGUUAGUUAUAUACAUUCCAAAGGCUGCAUGGCGCUGUGUGUGGAUAAUAUGCAACGUUUGAGCUUCGGCAAUCCGCUGGAGAUUGUCGAAAUGUUUGUUACCGUUUUUUGCUUCCUAAAGGAUUCUAGUCAAGUAUCACAAAUAUUAUUGGACGAUUUCAAAGCAUCACAGGGAUAUCUUUUUCUCAGCGAUUUUUUGCUCAAAUUCGACACAACGCGUACCCAUUCCAUUGAAGUGCAGGCGGCCAUACGCAAUCUCGUUCUCAUGAUCUCCUCGCUUUGCAUGUGCGGCUUCAAUGAGUUACGUCCGCCACAGGUACAGAAUACGCUCUUCAAAAUGCAGAACUUUCAAAUGCCACAGGCGAGCUCACGUGAGACUUGCGUACGCAACAUCUACGCAUUCCAAGUGCUGCAAACGGUCUUCCUGAAGUCCACCUCGCCAGCGCUUUGCUGCACCAUACUCGACGCCAUAUCGCGUGUCUAUCACUCGGAGAACGCCAAUUAUUUCAUACUCGAUUCGGAGAAUACGCUCAGUCAGUUCACGGAGCGCAUACACCUCAAGGGUCCACAGAUACAGGAGAAAUUCUUUGAUUUACUCGAGUUCAUUGUGUUCCAAUUGAAUUUUGUACCAUGCAAGGAGUUGAUAAGUCUCUCAUUGCUGCUAAAGAACAAUCAUUCGACUAGCUGUAGCAUACUGUGCUUGAAGACGCUACUGAAUAUACUGCGACACAAUGCGGUCUUCAAGGAGGUCUAUCUUGAGGUCGGCAUACUUGAGGUGUUUGUCACGUGCUUGAAUCGUUAUGCCGAUCACGUGCGUAAGAUAACAAAAUGCGAUGAGAGCGUUGUUGUUGUACCGACGGCGGAUGAUCUAGAGGAUCUCACCGAUACGCUGGGCAAACAUGUGCUCGAAGCGCUCACCAUACUGCUGAGCGGUAAUAAUAAUAACGCGAAUGUGUUUCGUGAAUGUGGCGGCGCUAAAUGUACACACGAUUUGGUGAAAUUCAAACAUUGUCGUCCGCAAGCGUUGGGCAUCAUACGAGAGCUGAUACUGUCGGCGGGCGGUGAUGAUGACAUGCUCUUCAUACUCUCCGUCAUGCAUGCGGUGCCACCAUAUCAGGUGGAGUUCAAAAUACAAAUACUCAACAUGCUGCUCGGUUGCUUGAAGGACUCGCACCGCACGCGUACUGUGUUCCGCAAGGUGGGCGGAUUCGUAUAUCUUACCAGCGUUUUCGUCUCGCUUGACGGCAAAUUGUGCGAUGAGCCGUUGGCAAAUGUAGAGCCAGACGCGCAGUUGAUUACACAGGAUGAUUUGAUAUUAUUGCUGCAAAUCGUUUGUCAGACGCUGGCGACGGCGAUGCGUUUCGAGCCGGCGAACGCGAAAUUCUUUCAUCAAGAGAUUUGCACCGCCUCGCUGUGUGACACGCUGCGGCUUUUGGGCUGUUUCGGCAGCGCCACUGAGCUACAUGACUUCAAGGGCGAGUUCAAGAAUGACAACGCCAUGCAGAAGUACUUUCACGAGGUCUUCGCGGGUGAUAUAUUGAACUUUAGCUUCAACUCGGACCUACCGCGCUCCUUGUCCUACGUCUGCGUAGUUUACCGCCUACUAUACAGCAUCGCGCUGGACAAUUUUGAAACACCAAAUUUGGCCGGCGUCAUAACGCUCUUCAGCGACACACAUACGCGUUCGCCCAGCAAAGAGUUGCCGCCAGCUCAUCCAAAUCAAUUGAAUCUGACACAGCCCACACCAGAGCCGCGCAUUGUGCAUCCCGGCGUUGUGCUCUGCAUGCUGCAGCUACUACCGAGCAUCGAGCAUGAGACAAGCGGCAUAUUAGCGCUGAAUCUACAGGUUUACCUCAGCGAGAUCAUAAAGUCUUUGGUGCGCAAUGAACGCAAUCAACAAAUCAUGUGCGACUAUGGGCUCGCCGAGCAGCUGUUGAAGAUUGCGCGCAAUGCUCUCUCCGAGGAAGCUAAUCCGCUGCACGUGUCCAUGCAGUAUGUGUUGGAGCGCUUGGCUGCACAGGCUUUACAGCCCACAGAGCUGCGUGAGUUUCUGCGGCUUGGCGAACCGCUAUCUUGCGCCGACAUUGACUUACGCACACCCUAUCGCAUGGGCGGGCCCGUACCGUUGACACGUAUUAAGACGCUGGUUUCAAUGACAACACCGCGUGAUUUUCGCGCGCACGGCUCGAGCACGCUGCCGCCCUUUGUGGAAAUGGAUAUGUCUGCGGAGGGUUUCGGCUGUUUGUAUUUGCCUUCGUUGGCGCCACAGGCUACCGCCACCACCGGUGGUACUAUCGACGCCAACACCAUUGGCGGUAUUGGCGCUGGAGAUCGCAUAUUUCCACCACAAACGGGACUCUCAUACUCCACUUGGUUUUGUGUGGAGAAGUUUUCCGAUCCCAAAACAGAUCCACAUUGCGUGCGUCUGCUGACGCUGGUGCGCACCAUACACAAUCCGCGCGAAGAGAACUUGGUCUGUCUGUCCAUAUUGCUGUCGGCGCGUGAUAAAGCGAUUGUGGUGUCCACGCAAGAAACGCUUGUGACGCCAAGCAAAAGUCUUGGCGACUGGGAACCCGAAGGUUCAGACGACGGCAGCGCACGCAUUUGGUGUCCCGAUUUGCUGCACGAGGGCCAAUGGCAUAAUCUGGUGGUAGUACUCAAUCGCGCUGUUUUGAAAAACUCUAGUCUCUCACUUUACUUGGACGGCACACCCAUGCACACACAGAAGCUACAUUACAUUUCACAAAACCCCGGCGCUGGCUCCGUCAAUCUCGCCGUGGCCAGUCAAGUCUACGGCUACAUUGGCACACCACCGAUUUGGCGCCGCUAUUCACGUCUCUGCUGGAAGCAGGGCGUCUGCCACUUGCUGGAAGACGUGCUCACACAACAGACUGUGCACACCAUCUACAAUCUGGGACCACAUUAUAUGGGUUCACUGCAAGCGCCACAACUGGGUAAGCAAAGCGAACCGCUGCAGCCCUUAGUACCGGAAGAUCGUGUGCUCUUGGGUCUGAAUGCGAAGGCGGUGUCACAACUCACUCUAGUAAAGAUACGCAAGGUUUACAGUCGCGUGGAUAACAAGUCCAUCGCCAAAGUAUUGGGCAUGAAUUCGCACGAGAAUGCCACGCCGAUCAGAAUUCUACACAAUUCCGCCGGUCACUUGGCAGGCGCUGGACGCUCACUCGGCGGCGUAGUUGUCGGCUAUUUGGGCGUGCGCGUCUUCAGUCCACACCCCGUCUCCGCCAUGAUCGACACUGUCGGCGGCUGCAAUGUUUUGCUGGGCAUCAUCGCCAUGGCGCAGGAUGUGGAAUCGCUCUACGCCGGCGUGAAGGCGCUCACCUGUGUGGUGCGUAGUAACCGCGCGGCGCAAAGCGAAAUGGAUCGCAAACGUUGCUAUCAAACGUUGGGCAUGUUCUUCAAAAAGAAGAAGAAUCUACUCAACUCACACAUACUACAUUUGACAUUUGGGCUCGUCGGCACUGUGAGUAGCGGUCAAGACAUGUCGGCCAUACCGAAUGUUACCGCAUUCCAGGAUCUACUCUGCGACCUGGAAAUUUGGCAUAAUGCGCCAAAUGGUUUGCUGCGCUCCCUGCUGGAACAUCUGCUCGAACUCGCUAUUGAAUCGAACGAGAAGAAACAGAAUGUGAAGAUUAUGGGUAACUUGCAGCUGCUUAAUAAGCUGCUGCACAUCAUUAUCGACAUACAGGAUCACUCGACGCGCGAAAUACUCUUCAAUCUAAUUGAGACUUUGCUCGGCGGUCAGCCGCGUCACAGCGAUCUCUUGCUCUUCGGCCAGUACAUCGCUGCCAAGCUACCGAAAGCGGAACAAGUCGAGAAAGCGCUCAUAUUGCCGAGCAUGCGCGUCACAGCGGGCAUUAACGGUAAUGCUGCUGGUGGUGUGAGCGAGCACGAACUCAUGGCGCAGAACAUUUAUCUGCGCAACCGCUGCCUCUCGCUGCUGCAUGGUUUGCUCUUCACGCCACGCAACACGGUGAACUAUAUCAUCUGCGAUGACAUCUCCAAGACGCUGGGCAUGGAUUGGCUGCUGCUCUUCAUGCAGCCGCAUGUACACUUCACUACCGUUAUAAUUGCGGUGCGCAUACUGGUCGUCGUCUGUGCCAACGAGAAUUUCAUGGUACGUUUCCGCGACUCCACACACAAUGGCGGCUACUUGCGCUUCACGGAAAUGGUGUCGCAGAAGAAAAUGUUGGCGCUGGGCGCGCCGCAGCUGAAUACGGGCACGCAGAGCAGCGCUGGCUCGGUGAUUGUGACCACCGCCAAUGUUAUACAGCAUCUGCCGACGCAGAUUGCCGGCGAAGUGCGUACUACGGCGCUGAGCAUACCAGGCUAUCAAAUGCUCGAAUGGCUGCUCACGCAUCAUCUCGACGUGCCCGAGCUAUAUUUCCUCAUUACCGCUUUGAUUAUGGGUCAACCGGUGAAAAUGAUGGCCAGUGAGCAUACAAAAUUCGACUUGGAUCGUGUACGUCACUUUCUGUGGGGCACACCGCCUUCCUCGAAUGCGCCGCUACCAAAAAUGAACGUUUGCCCCGAAGCGGUGUGCGUGCUGCUCGGCAUGGUGCGCGCUAUUGUGCACGCUACAGACUGCGCCAAAUGGCUCAAUAGCCAUCCUGAGACAAUAAUUCAGCUGCUCUUCAACUUGUAUCAGAAUGUCACCGAUUUUAUGCCGGUCAUGAUGUCUGGCGACGUGAUCACCUCAUUGGUUGCGGUGCUAUUCCCCAACUCGAAGGACGCUGGCAAUGAUUCCGAACCGAAUAGCGGUAAUUCAACACCCACCGACAACGGCACGGGCGCUUACUUGCUGCACGCGCAUAGCAUAACCAGCGCACCGGCGCAUAAGCUGACGCAGCAUCCGGUGCGUAAAUGUAUCAUCGAUUUUCUACGCGUAAUUGUGGUCGAUUCGCUGAGCUUGAAUAUGCAUGGCAAGACAACGCCCGUCAUCGACCUGGUGUUCGACGCUUCACCUGAGCCCGCGGAGAUGACGUUGCAAGUUGAGUAUCAGACAGAAAUUAUUACCGCUUUGAUGGAGCAUCUGCUAGCCGCGGAUGUUUUGGUGGGCGAACAGGCCGCACUGUCCAUUGUGCCGUUGCUGCAGAGUCAUACCCAGCAUAUAGCGCCCAAUGUAUUCUACUUCACAGCGCGCGUGGUGGAUAAAAUGUGGCAGGGUUGCCUAACACGCAAUCCACAUGACAUUUUCGACUUUGUGAUCAAGUUGAUAGCGCAAGCGAAACGUCGCUCUUCCUCCUUGACAAUCGAGCAGCUGCAUCACUCACUCAAUCGCACCAUACUUUACUUGCUGUCGCGUCCCACAGAAUCCAUAACGGAGCAGAUGAGUGUGUUGGAGGCUUUACAUAACAUUAUCACGCAUCGCUUGCUCAUUUUUGGCGCCGGCAAUCACGAGUUGGAGUUCAUCGGUUGUCUCACUUAUUGCCUGCUGCAAUUAACUUCGGAUAUGAAGAUUAUUUUGGAACCGGCAACCAGCCGUAAUACCACGUGGCAUGUAAAUCCACAAACCGACACCGUCGAACCGAAAGAUGAGGAUCUCAAUCAGCUGCAGGGUCGCAAUUUGAUUGUGGGCGCCGCUUUUCGCGUCUGGGAGGAACUGUAUGUUUGCAAAAAGCCCGCCAUUGAGGAGGUCUUCAAAGUUACGCUUACCCCACCGCCACCCAGUUCCAAAGCGCCUGAUUUGCAGAGCACACGCGAGCAGGUUAUGGAGCUAGCCUCUAAACUCUGGUUCAAUUAUGUCGAUGCUGAGCGUAAAGCCACGUACCGCAUACCCUGGGAGAUACACAAUCAGAUACAGUCGAAAAUACAGAAAGUUACAGGUGGCUUGACGCGCCUGGCGAGCCGUACGAAAGUCAAAAAGGACGAACUCGUGCGCACUAAAUCGACAAUGAGCAAAGAGAACGCCUUCGAUUGCACAGGCAUACAUGUGCAAUUGAUAAAGGACCUUUGGGAGUUGCGCUGCAAGCAGUACAUACAAAUGCAACAGCAUACACAACGUUACGUCUACCAAGACUGGACACAAUCGGAGACGGAGUUGACACGCGAACGCGGUCUGUGGGGUCCGGAGGGUAGUUCCUCGCUGGAUAAAUGGAUAUUGGAUACGACAGAAGGACCGCAUCGCAUGCGCAAGAAGACAAUGCGCAACGAGCUCUUUUAUUUGCAUUAUCCCUACAGACCAGAAAUCGACUUGCCAGAUAAUCGUCAAUUAAAAUACAAAGUUGCCACCAGUUUGGAUAGUAAAAUCUACUACACACAUUGUCAGCAACCGCCUCGCAUACUCUGUGAAACCGAAUCACUACAACAACAACACUCAAUACAACAACAAUACUCAGUGGACGCAAACAAUGCGAAGCAUGCACAUGCCGCGCAGCAUCAAAAUUCCGAAACGCAGGCGAGCGGUGGCACACCACCACCACCACACUCACCCACAGAGGUCGCCGCGAAAAGUUUACAAAAUCCACAAGAAUCCAUAGACACGGGCGUACCCGAAGAAGAUGAGGAAGAGGAGGACACCUCCAUGAUGUCCGACAAUGAAACAUUCCUGCGGCUGCUGGAGGAGCAGGAGAAAAUCUCAUUCAUGUUUCGUUGUGCGCGCAUACAGGGUUUGGACACCUUCGAGGGUUUGUUGUUGUUCGGCAAGGAGCACUGCUAUAUAGUCGAUGGUUUCACAUUGUUAAAGAAUCGCGAAAUACGUGACAUUGAUACAUUGCCACCCGGCGCUUACGAGCCCAUCAUACCGAACUCUGGUGGCCCGACGCGCACGCAGAAGGCGCGUCAGUGUUCGAAAUUUGCUUAUGAGGAGAUUCGAGAAGUGCAUAAACGUCGCUAUUUGUUGCAGCCAAUUGCUUUGGAGGUCUUCUCGGAAGAUGGGCGCAAUUAUUUGUUGAGCUUUCCACGUAAAGUGCGGAAUAAGGUCUAUCAACGCUUCAUGGCGCAGGCCACAGCGAUUAACGAUAAUGCACAGCUGUCGGUGGCGGGUCAAAAGCGCACCGCAAGCGUAGAGCAGACAUCGGGCAUUUUCAGUAGUCUCAUUGGCGAGACGUCGGUCACGCAACGUUGGGUGCGCGGCGAAAUUUCCAACUUCCAAUACUUAAUGCAUUUGAAUACGCUGGCUGGCCGCUCCUACAAUGAUCUCAUGCAAUAUCCAGUCUUCCCUUGGAUAGUCGCUGACUAUGAAUCGGAAGAGUUGGAUUUCUCCAAUCCGAAGACAUUCCGUGACUUCUCUAAGCCGAUGGGUGCGCAGUCGGAAGAGCGCUUAGAGCAGUUCCAGAAGCGUUUUAAGGAGUGGGACGAUCCGCACGGUGAGACGCCACCCUAUCAUUAUGGCACCCACUACAGUUCCGCUAUGAUUGUUUGCUCAUAUUUGGUGCGUUUGGAACCAUUUACACAGCACUUUUUACGCUUGCAAGGCGGUCACUUCGAUUUGGCCGAUCGCAUGUUUCAUAGUAUACGCGAGGCAUGGCUCUCCGCUUCCAAAUUCAAUAUGGCCGAUGUGAAAGAGUUAAUACCGGAAUUUUUCUACCUACCGGAGUUUUUGAGUAAUGGCAAUAACUUUGAUUUGGGCACAAAGCAAAACGGUGAGACGUUGAAUCAUGUCAUACUACCACCUUGGGCCAAACAGGAUCCACGCGAGUUUAUACGCGUGCAUCGCAGAGCCUUAGAGUGCGAUUAUGUUAGUCAGAAUCUGCAUUUGUGGAUCGACCUGAUAUUUGGUUGUAAGCAACAGGGACCCGCCGCCGUGGAGGCAGUGAACGUUUUCCAUCAUCUAUUCUACGAGGGCAAUGUGGAUAUUUACAACAUCGACGAUCCGCUGAAGAAAAAUGCCACAAUCGGCUUUAUCAAUAAUUUUGGUCAAAUACCCAAGCAGCUAUUCAAAAAGGCGCAUCCAGCGAAGAAAAUGUCCAACUCACGGCAUUCCACACUAAUCGAUCCGGGCGCUUUAAUACAGGGCAAUACCACCGUUUUACAAUCGGAACGUCUAUUCUUCCAUAAUUUAAAUAAUCUCAAACCGAGCCUGCAGCCAAUUAAGGAACUGAAAGGACCCGUUGGUCAGAUAUUACAACCAGAUAAGACUGUGUUUGCCGUCGAACAGAACAAGGUAAUGAUGCCACCCUCUUACACGAAGUACAUCGCCUGGGGCUUCGCUGAUCACUCACUGCGCAUUGGUCUAUACGAUUCCGAUCGCGCUUCAUUCGUCUCCGAGGCGGCCGCACAAAAUUCGGGUGAAAUACUUUGUUGCGCCUGUCCCAAUGGCAAGAUGAUUGUCACCGCCGGCACCAGUUCGGUCGUAACGAUUUGGAAAUUCGAUGCGAAUCGCAAGAGUCUCACUGUGCGGAAUUCGCUGCAUGGCCACACCGAUGCCGUGACUUGUUUGGCGGCAAGCGCCGCUUAUAAUGUCAUCAUUUCUGGCUCACGUGAUGGCACUGCGAUCGUUUGGGACAUGACGCGCUUUACAUUCGUGCGUCAGCUGCGCGGUCAUGCGGGUGUUGUAGCUGCGGUCGCGAUCAAUGAUCUCACCGGUGAUAUAGCGACCUGUUCGGCCACUUGGCUGCAUGUUUGGUCCAUCAACGGCGAUCCGUUGGCGAUGGUGAACACUUGUGUUGGCAGUGCGGAUCGCAUGCAGCAGAUCUUGUGUGUUGCCUUUUCACAGAUACGUGAGUGGGAUCAAGAGAAUGUGGUAAUCACGGGUUCCACCGAUGGCGUAGUGCGGAUGUGGUCCUUGGAGUACACACAAGUGCCCAUCGAACGUAAGUUGAAGCGCGCCACCGAAGUGAGUUCGCAAGAUCGUCCGGCCAGCACGGAGCGUGAGAAUUCCUGCGAUGGCAAGGAUGAUGGUAAACUGAACAUACUCAAGCAAAUGAAGAGCCUCUCGUUGCAGGACGAAAAUGUUAUCGCCAAAUCUGGUUCGGAGAGUAGCAUAUCAGAAGCUUCGGCGCAUUCACAACACUCCACACAUUCCGACAAGGCUGAGGAGGAGCAGCCAGAGUCAGAGCACAAAGAUAAUAAGGAUGCCGCUGGCCGACGGAAAAGCUCUUUGUCUGGCGCUAAGUCCUUGCACGAAAUGAAAGCAUCGACGGUGGAGGGUGAAAGCAUAGCCAGCAAAUGUGUUGAGGAGGAGGAGCGUACGAUACGUCCUAGUAAAUCAGACACAAGUCUGACGGAUGGCUUCGUUAUGGUGGACAAUGACAAAGUCAAGAGUGAACAGUCGCUGAGAAAAGGCUUCAAAUGGCAACGUCAAUUAAUGUUCCGUUCAAAACUCACCAUGCACACAGCAUACGAUCGCAAAGACAAUGCCGAACCGGCGAGCAUAACAGCGCUCACCGUUUCGAAAGAUCACAAGAUCUUGUAUGUGGGUGAUGCGCGCGGCCGCAUAUUCUCGUGGAGCGUAACCGAACAGCCGGGCCGAGGUGUAGCCGAUCAUUGGCUGAAGGACGAAGUCACCGAUCAGUGUGUGAAAUGUCACGUGAAAUUCAAUCUCUACGAGCGCAAGCACCACUGUCGCAACUGCGGUCAGGUCUUCUGCAACAAGUGCAGCCGCUUCGAGUCGGAAAUCUCGCGCUUGCGCAUACUCAAGCCAGUGCGUGUGUGUCAGGCCUGCUUUAGUCAAUUACGCGCCAACUCAGUGGAUAAUUAAAAAUUGUAAAACCAAAUUGUUGUAAAUUUAAGACAAACUGGCAAAAAAUUAGCAGUAAUUGUAACAACAAUGGCUUUAUAAUUUAUUUGGAUUAAUAUUGUAAUGGUAUUAUUGACAAUAUAAUAUUAUUAUUAUUAACAAUAUAAUAAUAUUAUUAUUAAUAUUAAAAUUAUGUAAUAUUAUUAUAUAUUAUUAUGCAAUAUUAUACUCUUAGGCAUAUAUUUCCAAUUUUGCUCGAUUUUUUUGUUAAAGAUUUUUAAACUUAAAUUUAAAUUUGUAUAUAUCUACUACUAUAUAUAAUUUUUGUAAUUUUUAUGCAUGUAUUUUUUAAGCUGUUUUCUAUUUUGUAUUUGUAUUUGUAUUUUAAAAUCUCAUACGACGAUAUUAUUGUGUGUCACCAUCAAACAACAAGGCUGUUUUAUAAUGCUAUUUACAAUAACAUUUUAUUUAGUUUAAUUUCGCUAGCAAAGCAAACGCCAAUGUCUAACACUUUAAGAGAAAAAACCAAAAAAAAAAAUAAUAAUAUUAAAAAAAAAUCUCGAAAAAGUAGUAAAGAAACCUUUUACACACAACUCGUCCCGAAACUCUGCUAUUUCUAAUAUUAAAGAAACUUUUUAUACUUUUUAUUUAUUUAUUACAACAACUACUGCUGAAAUAGCAUAUUUUAAAAAUGACUAUAAUUUAUUAUUUAAAGACAAAAUGGCAAAAUUGGUCAAACAACAAAAGAUAAAAUGAGAAAAAAAUAUUUAAUAAAAACUUAAUAAAAAAAUUACUGAAAAAAUAAUUUCCAAGAAAAAAAUUAUAAGAAAUUUUAAUAAAAAAAUAAAUUUCCAAAAAAGAAAUAAUAAAAAGAAAUUCUAAAAAAAUUAUUAAAAACAAAUUACAAGAAAAUUUUUUUCCAAAAAAAGAAAUUAUAAAAAAUAUUGUAAAAGCUUUAUUGCCGCUUAAGCAAAUAGCAUACCAAAUGUGUCUAGCAAUAAUAAUAAAAACAGUAAUAAUAUUUAUAAGACAACAAUGCGCUUGCUUGAAACCAAACAAAGAAACAUAUGCCACAUGCCACUUAGCGAGAAGCAUAUUGAGUUGCAGCUAAAAAAGGGUAGAAAAAAAUUAAAAAUUAAAAAUAAAAAAUAAAAUAAAAUAAAAAAAAUAUAAAUAAAAUAAAAAAUAAAAAUAAUUAUAAAUAAAUUAAAAAAAAAAAUAAAACUAAAAUAAGAAUAAAAAAUUAAUUCAAAUAAAAACUAAAAACAAAAAAAAUUAAAAUAAAUUAAAAAAUAAAUAAAAAUAAAAACUUAUAUUGAAAAAAAAUUAGAUAUGUAUGUAUAUAAAAAUAUAUAUACAUACAUCAAAAAAGUAUGAAAAUAUAUAUUGAAAAAAUAUAUAUAUAGAAAUAUAUUGAAAAAAAAUUAUAUAAAAUAUGUAUAUUAAAAAAAUAUUAAUAUAAAAUAUAUAAAAAAUAAAAAAUAUCUAAAAAAUAAAAAUAUCCAAAAAUGUUAAAAAAAAUACUGUAAUUUAUUGCAUUGUACUUGUAAACUAAUUGUAGUAGCAAAUAUUACGCGAUCGCCUAUCAUUUCAGCCGCGCACUCUCACGUUCUCUAUAAAUAUUUCCAUAAAUAUAUAUACACACACACACUCACAAAAAAGGAUAAAUAUGCGCCACUUCGCAAUCAGAGCAAACACGCUAGCCACAAAGAGCGCAUGUUAUUGUUAUUAUUGUAUUUAUGCAUAUUACAAAGCAAACGCUAAAUAUUGUAAUUGGAAAUACUGUCAAAGCGCAAGCAAAAGACAUAACCUCAAAUUAUUAAAAAAAGCAGCUAAAAAUUUGUGUUAAUGAAUUGUCAACGCAAAGGACAUAACCUCAAUAAAAUAUUAAAAAAAAAUUGUGUUGAAGCAUUUUCAAAAAGAAAAAAAUAUGUACUGAAAUAAAUUGUGAAAAUUAUGCAUGUAUGUAAUAUUAAUUGAUGCGAGCACAAUAAUAAAAGCAUAAAGUUAUUAAAAUAAAAAUAAGAAAAAAUAAAAAAAAAUUUAAAUAAAAUGUAAAUUUAAAAAAAAUAAGAAAUUAAAUAAAAUAUUUAAUAAAUAAAAAAAUUAUUAAAUAAAAAAAAUUAAAAAAAUAAAAAAGAGUUAAAAAAAAUAAAAAAAAUAAAAAAUUAAAUUAAAAAAAGAACAUAAAAAUAAAAUUUAAAAAAUAAAAUAAAAAGCAAAAAUAAAAAAAUAAUUGAAAAACCAAAAUUACAAAACAAAAUUAUUAAGAACCACAUAUUGGCAUGUAUUCGUGCUUUAAAAAAAAAUAAUAACAAAAGUAUUACGCAAAGAAAAGGCAACAAAUUAAGACAAAUUGUAUUAGAAAAUUUAGCGAUAAAGGCAAAGACAUGUUUAUGCUUAUAAAAUUGCAAAAUAUAUUAGAGAAAUUAGUUGAAAAAAAACAAAAAAAAUUUUAAUUUUGUUGUUUUGCAUUUGUGAGGAAAAUUGCUAUAAAAAUUGUUGUUGGAAUUUUCAGAAACCAAAAAUAUGAAAUAUGUAUAUUAUGUCCGAGGGGGAUUGCUUCGACGGAGGACAUAGAUUGAAGAAUAAAUUAAGAAUUUUAAAAUUAUGAACAAAAUAUAACAAUUUUUUUUUUUGCUCAUGGUAGUAUAGGACCGACUUUGGAUAAAUUUGUUUAUGUUUAUGAAACUAACAGUGGUUUUGUAACAUUUGCUCUCGUUCCUUUUAAAAUGUUUGUUGUCAUUUUGCUUUACAAAAAUCAGAAAACAUGAGAAAAAAAUGAAAUAAUUGUUUGUCAGUUUUGUUCUGAAAAAAAGAAGGAUACACUGAAGUGAACAGACAUACAAAUAUCGAAAACAUACGUUAUAUUUGAAUAAAACGCCUUAAUGAGCUUUUCUUUUAUAAUUUUCCAGGCGAAAAUCUUUUAUUAAAGAAUUAGCAGUAAUCUGAUCAUUAGCAGUAGAGACGAUCUCAACAACUUGAUACCUUUUUUCCAUCACUUUUAGAUUAUAGUUGAACCGCUGUCUCUGUUCCUAUUUAUAAUUUCCAAAAAUUUCAGAAAAUGUUUCCAGAUGCAUACGGAGAUUGUCUAAAUUUAUUCUACAAAUUUGGUCUAAAUUUUAUUCUACAAAUUUGGCUUCACUUUCCAGAACAGUCAUAACCUUGAUAAAAUCUGUAUCUAUCAUUAAUUGCCGUAUUUGAGGACCAACACUUCUCCACCUUUUAACUUUCUAUACAAAGUUCGAUUUUUUUUAGAACUGUAUUCAAUCACUGAGUUAAUUUGGAGGAAGUAACUCAAAUCAAUCACUUCCAUUGAUAGAUGGUACCAAUUUCUGGGUAUUGAGCGCCAUCAUUGCCAAAAAUAUUGAUAAAAUAAUGGAAAUCGUCAAGUUUGAGCGUCAUAUGAGCACUGCUUCGAGCUCAAUAUAGCAAAACAACCGUCUGAAACCAUUUAAAUAAGGUCGGAUAUAAAAAAGUUCAAUGUAAGUCAUACGAAAUAACGUAAAAAAAAAACACAUGAACCGAAUUUCCAUUCCAUCUUGAAAUCGGUGCUGAAUCGAAAUAAAAUCGAUUAAUUUCUGAGGCGGAUAGUUAGUUAAAAGUGGGUGUUUUACUACAACGGCAAGCGAAAAAAACGAUGGUGGCCGAAUCGUCGUGAGCCGGCGCAAACAGUGCCCGAGCUAGAAUUAACAGUCAGGCAGGUUUUCCUAUGUUUUUGGUGGGAUUGAUAGGUAAUCAUUUAGUGUAAGCUGCCAUUAUUGCCCAUUUGUUAUUUCGGAACUGUACUGUCAACAAUUGAACCGCCUAAAGCUAGCAAUCGCCGAGCAGUGGAUAGCUUUGUCCAAAAGGGGAGGAAUUGUCUUUCACUUACACAACGCCAGGUCACAUACAACAAUAGAGACUUACCCGUAGCUCCGGGAGUUUAGUUGAGAACUACUUAUGUAACCAGUUUAUAGUUCGGACCUUGAAUCAAGUGAUUACUAUCUGCUUCUGACUGUGUUGAAGGAUUUUCUUGCAAAAAUAUUCGCCACAAGAGAAGUUUGGAAAAAUUAGUAACUGUUCUAGAUUUUUGCCAAUAAGAACGAGGGUUUUGAAGAGAAUGACAUUAUGACAUUAUAUUUCCACAGUUGUGAAAUAAAAUGUUGUAUAUUUGGCCUAAAUCAAAUCAUACUAACUAUGCUAAGUAAGCGCUUCAAUUUAUAGCAAAAAUAAUGGAUUUCUUAUUUAUUAACCUUAACCUCACGUAUUGUGACAAAAAAGUACGGGGAAAUUGUAAAUAAAAUGCAACAUAUUUAAUUAUUCAUCAACAUUUAUAUUGUCACCUUCAAAGUAAUCCCCACCAUAAGCAAUACAUUUAUGCCAACGAGUUUUCCAGUCCUCGAAACACUUUUCAUAAGCUCUUUUUGGGUUGGCCUUCAGCUCCUUCAGCGAAUUUUGUUUUAUCUCUUCGAUCGAACGAAAACGGGUGACAUGGAUCGUUAAUUUCAGUUUGGGGAACAAGAAAAAAUCACCGGGAGCCAAAUCUGGUGAAUACGUUGGUUGAUCGAUGGCAUUCAUUGCGUUUUUGGCUUUAAAUUCGGUGUGGCUUUUGUGCCACAAAUCCGCCCGCUUUCGACAGAUGUUCUCACGCAAGCGACUCAAUAUGACCAAAUAGAACUUCUUAUUGACCGUCUGUCCCUACGGAACAAAUUCAUGAUGCACCAAACCAGGAAUUUUGAAAAAAGAAAAAAUCAAUGAGACGCAUAUUGAUUUUAGAGCGGCUUUGGCGUGAUUUUUUUGGUUUCAUAUUUUCCUAUCCAUUCCGAUGAUUGUUGACUUGCUUCCAUGUAAAAUUCAUAAACCUAUGUUCCUUCGGCAGUUGUGUUGCUCUCCAUGAAUGCUGGAUCGGAAUUCGCAAGAUAAAGUAUGCCCAAAGAGACCUGUUUACUGCACUCUUUUUGGAAAAAGUCAGUUUUAUCGGGACGAAUCGAGCAAUAUACCCAAAAAAAAACCUUUCGAACAAACUCACGAAAGAUGUAAAGCUCUCUUGCCAUCACUCUAUCACUUUUCUGACGAUUUUCAACUACUAUAUCUUUCACUUUUUUAAUAUUUUAAUCAGUUGAAGAGGUCGAAGGUCGUCCAGUCUUAUGAGAUAUGUCUUCAACGAUCUCUCGACCGUCUUUGAAAACCUUCUACCACUUGUAGUCUUAUGUUUUUGUUAAAACUGAAUCACCGUAAGUCUUUUCCAACAUUCGCUACGAUUCCACACAGGAAAUUUGGUUAGAAAAACAAAUUUUUAGACAAAUUCUUUGUUCGAUAUUUUUAUCCAUUGUAAAAAUCGCAACGCACUAUAGAGGUGGACCGACUUUGCUGUAAACAAAUUGGUUGGCAGAUCGCGCUCAUAUUUGGCAUAAUAGUUACGGGCAGUCUUACCAACUUAGCAAAAUACAUUUUAUUAGCAAAAUACAUACAAUUUAAAAAACAUAAUUUCAGAAACGUCCUAAUAUGAACUAAACUCAAUACGUAUAUCUUUUCAUUCCAAAGGAACGUUCCAAUGAAUUAAGUUUCUCACAUGCUUAUUCAGUUAGCAAGAUUUUCUUAAAAAAAAAAAAACUUAUAUGCAAAAAUAUUAUCAAUGUAAGGAGCAGUAAAUAAAUUAUUAUCGAAAAUUUGGAAGAAAAAAAUAACUGUAGUACAUUAUAUUGAAAAUGUUGCGCCUGAAACGACAAAUUAUUUCAAAAACAUAAGCAACUUUAGUUAUUUCAGCAAAGGUAAACAUUUGAGUUACGAGUGAGCCUCAGCUAUUGCGGCCGAAAUUUAGCAGCAAAAUUACAAAUGCGAAAAAUGAAAUAAAAAACUAUAAAAUGGCGUCUAUUACAAAGCGGUUGGGUGCAUAAACAAAUAUUAUGGCAAAUGCGAGGAAAUUGUAUGUAAAUUUUGUGCAAGUUGACAAAUAAUAGUAAAAAAUAAUUAGAAAUACCAAAUAUGCAUUAGAAAUAUGGUUGGCAAAACAAAGUUAGAACAAUAAGAAAAAAAUUGAAAAAUAUAUAAAUUGUAAGAGCAAAUAUAAAAAAUUUAAAAGAAAUUAAAAGGAAAAAUUUAAAAGAAUUGAAAAAAUAUACAUACAUAUAUAUAAUAAAACAGAAUAUUAAAUAAAUAAGUGCAGUAUGUUGAUGAAAUUUAUUGAAAAUUACAAAAGAUGCAGCGUUCAAAGCUCAAGCACACGCUUACACACCGAACACGCAAUGCACAAAGCUCACACAUACAGGCAAAUAUUUGCAUAUGAGAAAACACAUACACACAUGCACUUAUUUAAAAUAAAUUGUAGCAAAAUUUAUAAAAUUCGCUAGUGGAACAUUUUUGAAAAUAUAUUUGGCUGAUUGGGAAGUUGAGCAGUUAAAAUAAAAAUAAAAAAUAAUAAAACAAAAAUAAAAAUAUUUAAACUUAAAAACUAUUAUAGUAUGAACACUUGAGUUAAAUAAUAAUUUAAAAAAAAAUAAAACUCAGCAUUUUUAUGAUAUUUUUGAGAAAAAUUGCAUAAAAACAAUUUUCAAACUUGGAACCAAUGCAAAAAUUUAAAACUAAUUUCUGUUCAAAAUCAGUGUUUUGAGCGAAACUGUACUUUCGACCACAACACUCACCUAAUAGAAUUACAAACUGAAGAACAAAAAUAACAAUCAUUUUAUUUGUUGCCUUUAUUAUUGCUGCA